ACCUUUAAUUCGAUAUCAUACGUCAACAUGAAAAAUGCAUCUUUCCGAGAGUCGUAAUUAAACUAUUCAGAAAUUUCGCAUAUAAAAGCUUGGGGCACACCCAUUAAUAGUAUCAGUUUAGUUUUUGAGAAUAUAGGAGCAUAUCCAACAUGUUCAAGUUUGUUGUGUUCGCUUUCGUUGCCAGUUUAGCCGCUGCCCAACACGGACAAUACGCCUCUCCUGAUGCUACUGCUGAAAUUCGUAGCUUUUCCAAUGAUGUCAGUCCCGAUGGUUCAUAUCGUUGGUCUUUUGACACCAGCAACGGAAUCGCUGCUCAAGAACAAGGUGUAGGUGGCGUUCAAGCUGCUGGCGCUGCUUCUCAUACUUCCCCAGAAGGAAUCCCAAUCCAACUCUCCUAUACCGCCGAUGAAAACGGUUUCCACCCAGAAGGUGCUCAUUUGCCACAACCACCACCAAUCCCAGCUGCUAUCAUCCGAUCCUUGGAAUGGAACGCCGCCCACCCAGAAGAAGAGCGUCCAGCUAACGAAUACGUUGUAAAACGCUUCUAAGUGAAUUGAAGUGAAAAGAUUGCAGUGGAGUUAAUUUAUGAUGAUAAUUACAUGAUUUUAUUUAAUUU